CUUUCUGCCUGUGGACGCCGCCGAGUAAGCAUCGUUAAAGUCUCCCCUCCCACCGCCGUCAUGUCUAAGUCAGAGUCUCCCAAAGAACCUGAACAGCUGCGGAAGCUCUUCAUCGGAGGUCUGAGCUUUGAAACAACCGAUGAGAGUCUGAGGAGCCAUUUUGAGCAAUGGGGAACACUUACGGACUGUGUGGUAAUGAGAGAUUCGAACACCAAGCGCUCCAGAGGCUUUGGGUUUGUCACCUAUGCCACUGUGGAGGAGGUGGAUGCAGCCAUGAAUGCAAGACCACACAAGGUGGAUGGAAGAGUUGUGGAACCAAAGAGGGCUGUCUCAAGAGAAGAUUCUCAAAGACCUGGUGCCCACUUAACUGUAAAAAAGAUUUUUGUUGGUGGCAUUAAAGAAGACACUGAAGAACAUCAUCUAAGAGAUUAUUUCGAACAGUAUGGGAAAAUCAAAGUGAUUGAGAUCAUGACUGACCGAGGCAGUGGCAAAAAGAGGGGUUUUGCUUUUGUAACAUUUGAUGACCAUGAUUCUGUAGACAAGAUUGUCAUUCAAAAAUACCAUACUGUGAAUGGCCACAACUGUGAAGUAAGGAAAGCGCUCUCUAAGCAAGAGAUGGCUAGUGCUUCAUCCAGCCAAAGAGGUCGAAGUGGUUCUGGAAACUUUGGUGGUGGUCGUGGAGGUGGUUUUGGUGGGAAUGACAACUUUGGUCGUGGAGGAAACUUCAGUGGUCGAGGUGGCCUUGGUGGCAGUCGAGGUGGUGGUGGAUAUGGUGGCAGUGGGGAUGGCUAUAACGGAUUUGGUAAUGAUGGACGCAACUUUGGAGGUGGCAGAAGCUAUAAUGAUUUUGGCAAUUACAACAAUCAAUGCUCAAAUUUUGGACCCAUGAAAGGAGGCAAUUUUGGAGGCAGAAGCUCUGGCCCUUAUGGUGGUGGAGGCCAAUACUUCGCCAAACCACGAAACCAAGGUGUCUAUGGUGGUUCCAGCAGCAGCUAUGGCAGUGGCAGAAGGUUUUAAUUACUGCCAGGAAACAAAGCUUAGCAGGAGAAGAGAGCCAGAGAAGUGACAGGGAAGCUACAGGUUACAACAGAUUUGUGAACUCAGCCAAGCACAGUGGUGGCAGGGCCUAGCUGCUACAAAGAAGACAUGUUUUAGACAAUACUCAUGUGUAUGGGCAAAAAAACUCGAGGACUGUAUUUGUGACUAAUUGUAUAACAGGUUAUUUUAGUUUCUGUUCUGUGGAAAGUGUAAAGCAUUCCAACAAAGGGUUUUAAUGUAGAUUUUUUUUUUUUUUUUUGCACCCAUGCUGUUGAUUGCUAAAUGUAAUAGUCUGAUCAUGAUGCUGAAUAAAUGUGUCUUUUUUUUAAAUGUGCUGUGUAAAGUUAGUCUACUCUGAAGCCAUCUUGGUAUACUACCCCAACAGUGUGAAGUUAGAAUUCCUUCAGGGUGAUGCCAGGUUCCAUUCGAAAUUUAUUUGCAACCUGCUUGGGCACAGAAGCCAUUGUCUCCACAAACCUUGGUGUAGUUGAACUGACAGUUAAUGUGUUGUGACCUGGAGUUCACCAUUAAAAGGUCACCCAAGCAAAGUCCUGGAGUUUAUUUGGUUAUUAAUAUUAUUGUUGGCACAUCCUAUGCAAUAUAUCUAAAUUGAAUUAUGGUAUCAGAUAAAAUUAUAGAUGGGAUUAAAGCUUGUGUAUCAUCCAUUAUCAUGUGUAAUCAAUAAACGAUUUAAUAUUC